AUGACUAUUAUGAUGACGAUGACGAUGGCUAUUAUGAUGAUGAUGACAAUGACUAUUGUGAUGAGGACUAUGAUGAUGAUGAUGAUGAUGGCUAUUAUGAAGAUGCUGGUGAUGAUGACGAUGGCUAGUAUAAUGAUGUCCAUGACGAUGACUAUUAUGUUGAUGACGAUGACUAUUAUUAUUAUGAUGAUGAUGAUGAUCAAGAUGAAUAUUAUGGUGAUGACGAUGACUAUCAUGAUCAUCCUGAUGAUGACGAUUACUAUUAUGAUGAUGCUGAUGAUGAUUAAGAUGAAUAUUAUGAUCAUGCUGAUGAUGAUGCCGAUGACUACUAUGAUCAUGCUGCUGAUGAAUGCUAUAUCAUUAUUAUGA